AUGACUGCCAUGACUGCCAUGGCCUUGCCGCCGCGGAGAGUGGUGAUUUUUGAUGUGGGCGGUGUGGUGGCGGAGUCUCCCAUCGUGGCCAUCAGGCUCUUCUGCCAACAGAGGCAGCUGGCUGACUUGAACCGUUUCCUCUUUUCCUCCAGCGCCUGGCAUCGCCUGGAACGUGCUCAGAUGGCCUUUCGGGACUUUCCAGAGGCUGCGCUCAAGGAAUGUCAGGAGCGUGGAGUCCAAGAUGGCAUCAACUUGGGCCUGGAAGGUUGGCGGGAAUUGCUGCAGAUCAUUCGAGGCGUUGCGAACCUGAGACCUGUGAUGCUGCAAGCCAUUCAGAGGUUGCGACAACACGGUUUUGUGGUGGCCGCGCUGACCAAUAACUUCGCGGAGGCCAAAGAUCCUUCGGCAGCUGCGGCCCUGGCCAGGUUUCGAAGCCUCUUUGAUCAUUUCAUUGAGUCCUCUGCCUCUAAGAUGCGAAAGCCAGAGACAGGGUUUUACCAAUUGGCCUUAGACACCAUAGGUUGCAAGGCGCACGAGGCAAUCUUUUUGGACGACAUUGGCAAGAACUUGAAGCCCGCAGCAGCGAUGGGGAUUCAUACCAUCCUGGUGGAGAACAAUCAUCCAGAGCAGUACUUGGAGGCGUUAGAGAAGCUUCAGGGCCUGGUGAAUCUCCAACUGACAGAUCUGGCGGCCAAGCUCUGA